AUGAUAUCGAUCAACACGGAAGCCGCCAGUUUUACACACGAGUCGAAUCUCCUACCCCUCCCGUCGACGUCGGUGUCCUUUUCGGCGGGUAAAAAAAUGAAGGACUAUAUAAAGUCGACGCCGUCCCCGACGGCGACAAUCGUGUUUCAGGGGACGAAGUUCGGGGACCCGACGACUUCCAUCAUCUCGUAUUUCUCGUCGAGGGAGCCCAGCAAGCGAGUUCCCGGGGUAUUGAAGCCCGACAUUUUAGGGCCGGGCGAGAACAUCAUAGCCGGCUCGUCUCCUUUGAACCCAAAUUAUAAAGGGAUCAUGUACAGAAUCUUGUCGGGCACGUCGAUGUCGUGCCCCCACCUCAGCGGGGUUGCGGCCCUGAUCAAGAGCGCACACCCCCCGACUGGAGGCGACGUACAAAGUGACGUUCCGCUACGGAAGGAACAUGACACGUUCCGCUACGGAAGGAACAUGACGCGUGGGGGUAAUAACGCGUUGUUUGCACAAGGCUACUUGCUCUGGGAAUCAGAAAAGCAUACUGUUAGGAGUGUUAUAGCAGUCACCUUCACUGGACAAGUUCACUAA